AAGGAAACAGACAAGCUGUAGCACAAAUAUUGCAGUGUGUUGGAAAGGUGCAUUGGGUGGUAGGAGGGUUAGCUGUUGUAGCUUUCUUGCUAGACCAGAUUGGUCAAAUCUCUGAAAACCGCAAUGAAUGCAUUGAACUCUUAAGACAAAUGGUUAAGCUUGCUGGGCACUUAAGAAAGCUGAAGUAUGAUAUGCCACAAGAAGAAAAGAUAUUGAGUGAGGCGAUUAUAUUGAUUGUUGAAGGAUCCAUGCUGUGCGCUUCUCAAUUACAGACCAGGUCACUAUUCCGGUUUUUGAAGGCUUCUGUGGACUCCAAAAGCCUGGCUAAUCUACAAUUGAAGAUAAGUCAACUGUAUCAGGAUCUUACAUUGAGAGUAGCAAUAGAAAUACAACAUCAGCAGCCUAUUGCGUUCCCUUCAUGGAAACCCAUUUACCCAGAUUAUGCAAUUGGCAUCGAAGAUCAGAAGAAACAAGUAAUGAAUUUGCUGGACAUGGAAACAGAAAAGUCCACAUUGGCUGUAGUUAUUUAUGGAUUUGGGGGCAUAGGAAAGACCACCCUCGCCACUGCUGUUAUUGCGGACUUAGUUCUCACACAUUACAACUAUUCCGGAGUUCAAAUCCAAGAAGACCGCUCGAGGAAUGACAUAAAAUGCAUGCAACAGCAAAUAUUGAAAGAUGCCUUCCCAGCAUAUACUUAUGAUAGGAAUGUUACAUUGAGAAAUAGUGCAGAAGGUCGGGAUCAUCUCACUAGCGCUUUCCAAGCCAGAGGAAACAAACCAGUAUUUCUCUUUAUUGACAACGCUCUUCACGCAGAAGAUUUGGAAGACCUUUUCCCAAAGCGCUUAGCAGGCAUACCGAAAGGGAGCAGAAUAUUGGUCACAACUCGAAAUCUGGGUGUGACGGAUAUGCUCAAAGACGCCGGCCUUGCACGUCGUGAGCAUUUUGUGGAUACUCUAGCUCCCGAAGAGGCACGCAAAAUUUUGUUUGGAAACUUCAAUCCUGCUAAUACCAGACACAGAGACAACGUGCAAAAAAUCCUGCAGAUUUGUGCUCGGAUUCCGUUAGUGUUAGAAAUUGUUGGUGCUCGUUUGCGUAAGCAAAACUACAUGGUAGACAGAUGUACGCAAAUAUUUGAAGCUUUACAGACAGGAGGGGAUAUCAAAGCAGAAAAUCUGAGCCAACGUCUUGUGAAUUCUGUCUAUGAUGAGCUGGAAGAAUCUACGCGAGAAGCGUUUUUGGAUAUUUGCUGCUUCUUUGUUAACUGGAGUCGUCGCGAUGUGGAGCACAUUGUGGGAACUGAAAACAUCACACUUCUCCAGGAGGCGGCAUUGAUGAAGACGUCAGACAAAGACGAAUUGAUUGUCCCUGACAUCAUCCGAGCAAAAGGGCGAAGCUUGUCUAAAUGCAAUAGAAUUAUGGAUAUGCAAUCCUGGCUGGAAGUUGCACACGACCAUCAAAAGCUCAAGCAAAUUAAAGGAGUUUGGCUUGGCAAGGAAGAAUCUGAAUCUGGUAAUGAAGUUGAUGAGAAGCAACUAUAUUCAUUGAAAAAUUCCUUGAGAGUUCUGGGUUUGGAAAGCCAGAUAAAAGUGUCAGGAUCAAGCCAAAAAUCAUCUAAAUUUAAGGAACUCAGAUUUCUUCGACUGGGCGGCGAUAUUUCUGCUUUAUGGCCAGCGAAUUUAGAGUCGCUUGAGCGAUUGACUGUGUUCCAUGGCCCUGUCUUUAAAGAUGGUGUCACUUUAUAUCAGCUGCCUAAGAAGCUACAGAUAAUGAGAGCCACUGCACAGUCUCACUGCGAGGAACCCGAGCCCACCAAAAUCAUCCAAAACUCUUACUUAGAAGAAUUGGAUUUAAAAGAAUUGAAAAGUCUUCAGAAGUUACCCGGAAAGCUUGACCACUUAACUGCUCUCAAGGUUUUGAUAUUAGAUGAAUGGGAUAAAAUUCAAGAGCUGCCUGAGCAGGUAUGUGGGCUGCCUUCAUUAUGCAGAUUGAGCAUUUGUGGUGGUAAUUCCUUGAGAAAUCUGCCAAACUCGUUCGGGCAAUUAACUUCUUUACAGGAGUUGAACUUAUCAAGCUGUAAGCAACUGGAAGAAUUGUCCUCAACUUUUGGAGACCUGAGUUCUCUGAAAAACUUGUGUCUAGCAGAGUGUGUUAGCCUAAAAGAAUUGCCUUUGGGCUUCGGGAAAUUAAGCUCUUUGGAGGUCUUGAAUUUAGAUGGCUGCUGGAACUUGGAAUCAUUUCCUCCCAGCUUUUGGGAACUCAGCUCAUUAAGACAUUUAGAUUUAAGUUAUUGCAUGAAAUUGAAAGCCUUGCCCUCCGGUCUAGGAAAACUCAAUUCACUCAAUGUCUUGAGUUUAUUCGGUUGUAAGAAAUUAGAAGAUCUGCCUUCCAACAUUGGGGAACUUCCAUCACUUGAAAAAAUAGAUUUAAGAGGAUGUCGCAAUUUGAGAGAAUGUCCAUCUGCUCUGAGACGAAUGAAACGGGGACUGUCCGUUUCGCUGCCGGACCAUCUAGUGAACUAGUACAAGCACUUUCUAUCUCCUCAAUCUCUAUCAUGCGCAUGUAUUAUUUAAGUCAAUACUUUUAUACCGAGGAAAAUGAAAUA